UCAGUUCAUCAUUUUAUUUUGAGCAAAGCGACAUAAUCAUGAACAAGAGGUAUCUUGCGAAGUGUUUGCUGAUUGCUGUGCUAUUCUUGGUUAUUUUAAUCGUUUUGGUUCAAUUUUCGAGCCAUUCUUCGCUGAGGAAGCCAGAAAAAAAUGAUGAAAUGGAAGAUUUGAAAAAGGAUUCAAAUCAUGUGUUCAAUAUAGCCGAUCUCAAGUAUUUAAUUUCGAAACCAAAGUGUAGUCAAGGCAGUUCAUCUCCACAUUUUAUUACAUUGAUACAUACAUCACCGGUAAAAUUCGAAAGGCGAAUUGCUAGUCGUGAUACGUGGGCACACUCUGAUCUUAGAACAAAAACCUUCUUUUUAAUGGGCAUGACCAAUUCUUCUAUAAUCCAAAGGAGAAUCGACAAAGAAGAUGCAGAGUAUAAUGAUAUCAUUCAAGGUAAUUUCAUGGAUUCGUAUCGCAAUAUGACGUUCAAGCACAUAAUGGCCUUGAAAUGGUUUUCGGAAAAUUGUCCACAUGUUAAGUAUCUGUUGAAACUGGACGAUGACGUCUUUCCAAAUAUUCCGGCAAUCGAUCAAUAUUUGAUGAGCGAUACACACAACAUAAACUUUAUACAUGGUGUCAAAGCUGGACGUACAGUAUUUCGCAAGGGAAGAUGGAAAGUAACACCUGAAGAAUUUACCGGCGAUCUCUAUCCCGAAUUUGUAGAAGGAUCAGCGGUUAUUUAUCCAAACACUUUCGUGCUGGAGGCGUUUGAAAAGGCGUUCAUAACACCGUAUUUCUGGAUUGAUGAUGUUUAUGUAUCCGGAAUACUUAGGAUGCAACUGAGUUUUGAAAUCAAAUCGAUAUACCAUCUUAAAUUGGAUACAAAUUUUCUGAAUAUGAUCGGAAACGGCACCGUUACAACUUUACCAUAUCCAAUGUUUCUCAUUACUCAACACGAUCGAAAAUAUGUAGAUGUGCUUAGACUCUGGGAGAUAACAGAACCAUAUAGAAAAGCCCAUCGGCUACGGAAAAUGUCUUAUUUGAACACAUUUAAAAGUGUUUUCGUUUGAAAGAAAAUAAAUGUGCAUUUCUCAAACAUUUCCAAAAUGAAUAAUUCAUUGCUCUGACGACUGUGUACUCAAAUGAUGAACAACAAUAAAUGUACAGCGGACCGUAUUGGGAUCAAAAGAUUUGUUCACAAACAAAACUGUUCAAAAUGAAAUGCACCAUCCUCAUUGUAAUUCUUGCACAAUACACAGUCUUCCGGCAGUAUAACGAGGAAAUGAAUGAAAAAUAGCCAUCAUAGCAAAGUAUUAUUUAUAAUCCAUAAGACUAGUUUUUAAGGGCA